AUGCCUUCAGCAAAGAGACUAUCUUCAGUUGCUCAACGGCUACCCUAUCUUUUGCCUGGUCCAUCUGCGAUCGCUCUUUCUCCAGGUCGUGCUAACGACUGGGACUCCAUCGCCGUUGCCCAUACCGACCGCCGUGAGGUGUCCACGUGGAAUUUUGUCAGGGCUACUCGUGGACGCCACUGGUUGGAUCCCAGACGUUUCCACGGCAAAGGGGGUGAGGCUCUGCGUGUGCAUAGGCGCACCAUUGCUACUUGCCUCUGCAUGACGCGGUGUGGGAAUUUCGUGGUGAUUGGCUACUCCAGUGGUGAUGUGGCCAAAUUCAACAUGCAAUCAGGCUUAGAGUACGGUGAAUUUGGGAAUAAGGGAAAAGUCCACGAAUCCACCGUUAUUGGUGUACAUGUGACCAGUGUGAAUCGGGUGCUCAUCACAGUGGGGCGUGGUGAAGUAAAAUUCUGGAAUUUCUCCACCUGCAAGCUUAUUGACACCUUGGACAUUACUUCCUCGCCAAGAUUUUCUAAAUUCCAUGAUGAGAGUGACACUUUGGCACUUGCUCUCUCAACCGGUGAGGUGAUGCUGGUCAAUGUAGUGAAUCGUAAAAUCUUUCGUCGCUUCAACAACCCAGUGACACAUGUAUGCACUGAUUUGGCACUUUCAUCUGAUGGAACUAUGAUGGUGACUACGCAUCGUUGUGACCCGCUCAUCAAAACCUGGGAUGUUGUCGAUUGCAAAUUAAUCGACUGUUUUCGAGUACAACGACCUGCUACCAGCGUAGCCUUUUCCCCUGCCGACGACCUCCUCGCGACCACCCACACCGCUUGUCUCGGUGUUUACCUAUGGGACAAUCGGGCGACCUACCAACGCCUGCAUCUCAAACCCCUACCCGAGGAUUAUGUGCCACCAAAUACCGCUGGUUUUAUUGAACUGCCCACCGAGAGACUCUCGACUAGGAACCUCGAU